CCACUCUUCUCAUGUCCUACGAUUGUGCAACUUACCCAACCUUUGACGCGGCGUCGACCGUCGCGCCCCCCACCUACCACAUUCCUUCUGCCUACCCCCGCUCCUGCAUCGCCGCGCCCAAUGCCCUAACGGCCGCCUGCUGCUCGGAGAUCGGCGACGGCAGCACUACGACCCAGUGCGGCUGGACCGUGUGUGUCACAAACGCGUCCGACGCCGAGUUCGCCGCGUGUCUCGCGACGAAGGGCGGUGGCAGCUUCAACUGCGCCGAUGAAGUCGACCCGCCGGUGUCAUCCACGUCGUCUCAGCUCUCCCCUUCCCCGUCUCCUUCGCCAUCGCCAUCCCCGUCGAGCACCGAGCCCACGCCGUCCACCUCCGAGCCCAGCUCGACAGCCUCGCCGUCCUCCAGCACUUCUGAGUCGUCGAGCGUCCUGCCCACGUCCUCGUCUUCCCCCACUUCGAUUCACGUGGCGCCAACGUACACAGGUGCAGGCGCGCCGCCCCCUGCACCCGUUGUCCCCACCACCGUCGUCUGGCGUACCGUCACGGCGGCAAGUUCGUCCAAGGUCUCCGCGUCCGCCAAGCCCACUCCGAGUGCGGCUGCACAGCGCACCGUUGCUGGCGCAUGUGUUGUUUUUGGUGCCCUCGCCGUGCUGGCUCUUCAGUGAUUCAAUGUUUGAGCUCCUUGGUUUCCCGCGGUCCCGUCGCUUCUGAUGGACGCCGCCUUGAGCUGGCCUCGGCGGCUCGCUUGCAGUAUCUCUGCAGUAUCUCGAAGCUCAGCCCAUAUUCCCGUAGUUUCCAUCCAGCUCUCCUACUGUGCUUAUGAUUCUGGAAGCUUGAGGC